CCACGCUAUAGACUUUAUCCCCCGCUUUCCCGUACCAUUCUUUCCUCUUUCUCCCCUGAUUCCAACGCGGCCGCCGCGCCGUAGCUCAGCCUCACCGCCGACCACCUCAACCCCGUUCCCCAACCCCUCCGCCACCGCCGGCCCUGUUCUUCCUCACCGGGUCCCCGCUGUUCCCAUCCCGGCCGCAAUCAUUGGCCAUUGAGGGUUUGAUGCUUUUCCUGUCUUAUUAUCAAUUUCUCGUUUGGAGACGAUCGCGUGAGAUAGAAGAAAGGGCGGACUGGACUAGAAUCUGAGCUCUGGUGGAUCUGAACUGGAAGUGGGACGAGAAAAGGUUCAGAAAUUUCCAUGAAAGCUUCGUCGUCCAUGGCAGGCGACGCGUCAGGGAACACAGACCCUGGCCAACAGGGUGUUCGUUUCAGUUCCAUGGACCAGUCUUGCUUUGCAAGACCUGGCCAGUCAAUCCCUGGUUAUCCUCCGUUCUUUGGCCCUCAAUCUUCCAACUUUUACCUUCCUGAUGACAGUGUGGGUAAAGCUUGUGAUCCUUUUGAACCGAAUCCUCCAGUGAAUGAGCCUAUAGCAGAUUGGGAUCCUCAGGCAAUGCUGAGCAACCUUACCUUCCUUGAGCAGAAGAUCAAGCAGGUGAAAGAUAUCGUGCAGUCCAUGGGUAACCGAGGGAGCCAGGUUGGUGGUGCUUCCUGCGAGCUUGCCGCAAAGCAGCAGCUCGUCACUGCCGAUCUGACUUCCAUCAUAAUUCAGCUCAUCUCGACUGCCGGCUCCAUGCUUCCUUCCAUGAAGACCCCGCUCCUUAGCAGCAAUCCAGCGGUCAGGCAAAUAAACACGCCUGGUUCUACCAUGGGCUUCGGCUCGACUGCGAAUCAGCGGCCAAGCGCAACCAGGGAGGAGAUGAUUCCUGACAUUAGUAAGACAUCUGACUAUGAGGAGCUGAUGAAUACCCUUAAUACAGCCCAUGAUGAAAAGGAUGAUCAGAUCAAAUGCCCAAAUCCUUGUGGCGUGGAAGGGUCUGAACCGGUUCCAAUGGAAGACCAUGACGUGAAGGAGAGUGAUGAUGGUGGCGAGGCAGAGCAUCUCCCCCCUGGUUCUUAUGUGGUCUUGCAAUUGGAGAAGGAGGAGAUUUUAGCACCACAUACUCAUUUCUGUGUUAUAUGUGGCAAGGGUUUCAAGAGGGAUGCCAACCUAAGGAUGCACAUGAGGGGUCAUGGAGAUGAGUACAAGACUCCUGCAGCUCUUGCCAAACCCAUGAGAGAUUCUGGCUCAGAUCCUACACCAGUUACAAGGUACUCGUGCCCAUAUGUCGGUUGCAAGCGGAACAAAGAGCACAGGAAGUUUCAGCCUCUCAAGACAAUCUUGUGUGUGAAGAACCACUACAAGAGAAGCCACUGUGACAAGAGGUAUACCUGCAGCCGAUGCAACACCAAGAAGUUCUCAGUCAUUGCGGACUUGAAGACUCAUGAGAAGCACUGCGGGCGUGACAAGUGGCUCUGCUCAUGUGGAACGACCUUCUCAAGAAAGGAUAAGCUAUUCGGGCAUGUUGCCCUUUUCCAAGGGCACACACCUGCUCUUCCAAUGGAUGAUAUCAAAGCAACAGGAGCAUCGGAGCAGCCUCAGGGGAGUGAGGCGAUGGACGACAUGGUAGGGAGCACAGGGUAUAACUUCCCAGGCAGCACGUCUGAUGGUGUUCCGAAUCUAGACAUGAAAGUUGCCGAUGACACACGUGGUUAUUUCUCGCCCUUGAACUUCGACCCAUGCUUCGGUGCCCUUGAUGACUUCGCCCGCCCUGGAUUCGACAUCUCCGAGAACCCCUUCUCCUUCCUGCCUUCGGGACCCGGGUCAUGCAGUUUUGGGCAGCUUAGUGGAGACAACUGAUGGAGCUCGUCGUCAUAGACAACCAUGAUGGUGUCAAUUGUUAUGUAUGAAUGUUAUAUGUAUGUCGGUCUCGGUUCUUCCUCUAUUCAGGGAGCCAUUUUGGUCCAUGCCUCUUUCUUAAGUGUACUUUAGUUUGUGGUCAUCAAUAAUGAUCAAGCACUUACAUAUAUAGAUUUGAAAGUCUCAAUUGUUAAAUAUAUAUUAUUUUCUUUA